CUCACCACGCCAAAAAAGUUCCGAACCAUGCGGGCGGAGCAACCUCCGCCUCCGGGCUCGGGCGGCCACCCGGCCCAUCGACGAAGAGACGGGCCGGGCCGGGCGCUCUGGCGACGAGCGCUCAGUGGCUGGCGGGCGGAGCCCGACCGCCCAUCGAGAUUCUUGGGCAAGAGAGUUCGAGGAAGAGGGCAUGUAUGUCUUUGAUAGAUCGAACGAAAUUAUGAUGUGUCGGCCUUGUUCCGCUCGUGUGAAAUGGGAGAGAAGUGUCGUGCCCCAGCAUUGCAGCUCAGAGAUUCACAAGAAAAAUAAAGAGAAGGAAGUUACAAAAAAAAGACAAGAAUCAAUUCCGGGCAGCUUUGAUAGAGCCAGGAAAGCUAAAAUUGAUAAAGAAACAUUUAUUAAGCCAAUUAUGCACGCUUUUGUGAAAGCUAACAUUCCGUUAACAAGCUUGACAACGAAAAUAUUCGAGAAUGGCUUCAAAACUACAUGCCUGGUAGUGAGGACUUUCCGAACCCGUAGAUGGCUUAGAGAGCAUUACCUUCCUGAAAUAAAGCGAGACUAUGACGCGGAUUUGAUAAAAUAUGCUGAAAGGAAGAAAAAUAGCUAUAUUGACUGAUAAGACCACAAACAAACAAGCAGACCCCGCCAAACGCAGUUGCCAGCUCCACUUCGCUGCGCCGGCACCUCUGUUCGGUAGGGGCCGGGCCUGCUUGGCCUGCCGGCGGCGAUGGUCGGGCCUACGCCUACCUCCGGCCCAAUCAUUUCAGUCUCGCGAUUUACUGAAGAACAUAAUAAUCAAAUAAAUGAAGUGACCGGUAAUUUAGGCCUACCUUGAAUAUUUCAGUUAAGGUAAGGGUCCGGUGAAAUGCACUUUUUCUACAGCUUUACAGUAAAACACUUUAUCUUUUGGUAUGUUGUAGGGGUCGUAAAAAAAGUAAUUUGGACCACAAUCUCACCUCUGUAGGUCAAGCCGUUCCCAAGUUACACUAAUUUGAGUGUUUAAAAUAGCUCAACUUUGGCGAACUCCUUGCGCAACACAGUAUAGGGUACGA